UGAGUUUUUGUUACGAAUACAGUCCAAGACAACAACAAAAAGAAGAAAAAGAAUGUCUGAUCCGGAUUUUGCCCUCGGAAUUGGACUACAAAUUCCUAAUCAGUCUUACUGUCCACUCUUUUAACUGGAACCGCCACUCCCCUAAAUUCCGCAAGGAAUCUUAAAAUUUCAACGGCAGCAGAACCCGAAAAUCCGUUUUUAGAGAGAGAAACAGAAGCGGUUAUAGAGAGAGAACGAAAUAAGGGGAGAAGAGAUCCCGGAACUCAAAGGAAAGGGAUGGCCACCCCCGAAGUAAACCGACAACGACCCGGAGGGAGACCUCCGACGUCGUUAAGUCGACCGCCGGUCCGAGCUAGAAUUCGGCUCCGGCAGCUGUUCCGAGUCGCUUCCGUGGCGUGCGGGAUACAAUUCGGGUGGGCUUUACAGCUCUCGCUAUUGACACCUUACGUUCAAGAGCUAGGCAUACCUCACCAGUGGGCCAGCAUCAUAUGGCUAUGCGGGCCGCUUUCGGGCCUCGUGGUACAACCUCUGGUGGGCCACAUGAGCGACCGAUGUAACAGCCGGUUCGGUCGUCGCCGACCUUUUAUUGUGGCUGGUGCUGUUUCUAUUAUCGUUGCCGUUUUGAUCAUCGGUCACUCCGCAGAUAUUGGAUGGUUGUGCGGUGAUACUGACGAUUCUCGGCCGAGAGCUAUCGUGGUGUUUGUUUUCGGGUUUUGGAUUCUUGAUGUUGCUAAUAACGUGACUCAAGGUCCUUGUAGGGCUCUUCUUGCUGACCUUACUGAAAAGGAUCAUCGAAGAACCCGAGUUGCAAAUGCAUACUUCUCAUUAUUCAUGGCCAUUGGCAAUAUUCUUGGCUAUGCAACAGGAUCUUACAGUAGUUGGUUUAAGAUUUUUCCAUUUUCCCGAACAGCUGCCUGUAAUGUUGACUGUGCAAAUCUCAAGUGUGCUUUCUAUCUAGACGUUAUUUUCAUUGCCUUAACAACAUAUUUGAGUGUUUUAUCUGCUAAGGAAGUGCCUCUAGGUUCAGUUGAGAUAUCUACAGCCUUUAAUGAAGAGAGGCCUGAACUCUCAGGUGGCGAUGCUGAAGAAGCUUUUCUUUGGGAAUUAUUUGGAACCUUUCGAUAUUUCUCAGGGACUAUAUGGAUAAUCUUAUCUGUUAUUGCAUUGAAUUGGAUUGGAUGGUUCCCUUUCCUUCUCUUUGAUACUGACUGGAUGGGUCGAGAGAUCUAUGGUGGUAAGCCAAAUGGAGGGUCGAAUUAUGCUGCUGGGGUCAGAAUGGGUGCACUUGGAUUGAUGUUGAAUUCCGUUGUUCUGGGAAUUACGUCAGUGCUUUUGGAAAAGCUUUGUAGCAAAACAGGAGCUGGUUUUGUCUGGGGAGUUUCAAGCAUUCUCAUGGCCCUGUGCUUUCUCUCAAUGCUUAUCCUAUCAUAUGUGGCAAACCAUAUGGGUUAUAUUGGCCAUGAUCUACCCCCAGUUGGCAUUCUGAUUGCUGCACUACUGAUAUUUUCUGUUCUUGGCUUUCCUUUGGCGAUUACUUACAGUGUUCCAUAUGCCUUGAUAUCCACGCGUAUUGAGUCUUUGGGACUUGGUCAAGGAUUGUCAAUGGGUGUCCUAAACCUUGCUAUUGUUAUUCCACAGGUUCUGGUGUCCGUUGGAAGUGGACCGUGGGAUCAACUAUUUGGUGGUGGAAACUCACCAGCUUUUGCUGUAGCUGCUGUUGCGUCCCUCAUGAGUGGACUGAUGGCAAUCUUGGCUAUCCCUCGAAGUACACCACAGAAAACCAGGGCCCUCCCAUGAGGAGACGCAUGGAGUCUGA